AUGGGUAUCUUUGGCAGAUCACGAGCAAACACCACAAAUGAGAUAUCGCAACCAGUUCUUACAUUUUCCGAUGCAGCGCCUCGAGAUGAUCUUCAAUCACUAAGAAGAGUCGGCUCUUCAAGACCAAGACAAGGCGAGAAGCCUACUGGGGCAAGCAUCAAUGCGAGAGGAAUGAGACAGAAACCUCAGAAAAAUGGUAUCCAUGCAUUCGACUUUACAGUUACGCAACCUCCCGAAGGUCCGUUGACAGUGGAUGAGACUUCUGGCUUCAAUGGGAAUGGAAUAGACUCAAACACGAUUGGAAUCGCGCUUGGUAGUCCUAGUAUGGUACCACCAUCUCAAUAUCGUCCUCCGGAAUGGGCCGGUGUAUCAACACCUUCCGAAAGAGAGGAUGUGGUAACGACAAUAGUCGCCGCGCAAGGAUCCCUGCGCCGAAAACCAAGUAAAUGGAAGAAACUCGGAGGAAUGCUCAAGGGCAGGCAAAAUAAUGAUGGGAAACAAUCUGUCGCUGCCCGUGAAGGAUUCUAUCAAUUGAGUAUGAAGAACAAUCAAGAAGAUACUUCUUCUCCUUUCGUCCGGCAAUCGCAGUUUCCAACGUAUAAUACGGAUGACGAGAAGCGGCCUAUCGUCAGCAUGUCACCCCAAUUUAGUGAUCGCUGGGAGGACAUUCAACAGCCCACACCAACAGAUUCGUUAUUGGCUGUGAAUAUACCGAAGGUAGAGAUGGAGCGAUACAGUGUUAUGUUCCGUAGUGUUUUGGGAGAGAAGCCGUCGUCUAAUCUGUUGACUAGACGGAAUCAGGCGUUAAACCAGCUCCAAGUGAAUGGCAAGGAGCCUGGCCUUCAUGAACCACAAAAACCACAACGACGCGUCACAUCGCCAUCAACAAACAGAGAAUCAACCUCCACGUUGUUUCCCGGAGAUCCUCAAAAUAGCGCCAUUGCUAACGGCCUCUCCAAAACAACUGAUACCCGCGGUCUUGCUCCUCGAAGUCCCGUAAGAUCAAACACUUUUCCGCGAGUAGCCAAAAACCACCACCACGAGAAUAGUUUGACAGUUCCGGACUUCACUCCUGCUUUGUCGACUGGUACUUCAUCUCGAUUCUCUUACUCUUCUGCAGAACCAUCGCCGAUCCAUUUCAAUGGGCCAAUUACAACGGCUAGGGAUUAUAUCGAUGGCAAGAAUGAGCCGGCCUGGGAGAUGAUUACCACUAGAAAGUCUUCAUCUGUAUCUCCGGAAGACAUCACACCGGGUGCAGAGGCAUCUGGAAAAUCUACCUUGACGCCGACAAUGACAACACCGUUGAUAGCACAGGAUCAAGUUGAAGUUGGCCUAAAAGCGGAGCCUACAACUAAACCCUCAAUCACAGUACUACCACAACGAAAAGCCUCCCUACCCGCCUACGCAGACAGAGCAAAACUGAAAGUCAGAAACAGCAGCAACAGCAGCAACAAAAUCUCAGGAAAUAUCACUCCACCGGCGAACGAAACCAACGGCCAUCCACCUCCAACCCGCGCCCCUCCAUCACCACCACGCUUCCAACUCCAGCGCUCCCAAACAGUCCCCUUACCCCUAAACAUCACAAAAAGGUCCUCGACCACAAACCUCCUCCACACCUCAACCGACUCGUUCGAUAAUGAUAACGCAGCAGGAAUAAUAUCCCCUUCCCUAUUCUCUCAAACACCCGUAUCCCAAGCUCCGUCACCUUUUAUCCCGCAAACACCACAAACAAUCGAAAUCUCCAUUGCACGCUCGGUAUCAGUUUCAAAAAGGAUAAUACCGCGUCAAACACUUGUACCCCUGGGUCCGGCGAAUCCGCAACAUUUCAAUUUUGGCGCGAAUGAGAAUGAGAGGUUUGGUGAGUUGAGGCCGAAACGGGUCCCGGUUGUUAUUGAUGUUGGCCCACCUCCUCCUGCUGCUAGUGGUACCAAAGAUAGUGAUACUGGAUCAAAUACAGCUGAAGGGCAGAGUGAAGGUGGUGGUGGUGGUAGUCCGGGACAUAGGCAUCAGAAGUCGGAGCAUAUUGUUAUUGAGUCUGCCUGAUCUGAUCUUUCCUUUCUGGAUACUCGUUUUCUUCUGGUAAGAAAAUCAAGCUCAAUAGAUGAGCUCAUUCGUUGAUUUUGCUAUUUUCCAAGGUUUGUUCGUUGAGUGUUUGAUAUACCGACUUUAAUUGUUUAGA